AUGGCCGACUCUUGUAUUGUGUGUUUAAACGACCUUGGCGGAGGCGCCCCCAGCAGCCCUGCUCCCGUUGUCGUCCCAUCUACGCCGCCAAGAGUUGAUAAUCGCGAUAAUGAUGAUGCUGCUUCAGACGAGCCACCGCCCGCCCCGGAGCCGCUCUCGGACGUCUCAUCCAAACAGAGUAUUGCCCGGCUCGUGCCGUGUCUCCAUGCCUUCCACGACGACUGCCUCAAGCCGUGGGUGGAAAGGGCGAACAGCUGUCCCGUCUGCCGGGCAAGUUUCAACACCGUCGAGCUAUGCGACACUGUUGGUGGCCCCGCCGUGUCGAUCUAUCCCGUUCAAAACAAGGUACAAGAGGCGGAGUUGGAUCCGUUCAUGAUCCUCGAGGAAGAGAUCACCGACGACUCGGACUCGCAGCCUUGUGUGAUUUGCGGGGAUAACGAUAACGAAGACGUGCUGCUGCUGUGUGACGGAUGCGAUGUGCCGUCUCAUACCUAUUGUUUGAACUUGGACGAUGUGCCCGCUGGCUCAUGGUACUGUGAGACGUGUCAAACUCAGCGAACCCUGAACGCUGUGUCUGAACCCCCAAGCAGACCCAACCGCAGCCGCCAACCGGAACGUCGGACCCGUGCGCAACAGCGUUCGCUUCGUAACCGCAACCAAGCCAACUCCCUCCAGUGGGCGGCUGUGUGGCAGUCUGUGUAUGACAGGUUGAAUCUCGACCUUGACUUUCCGUUCGAUGAUACCGAACACCCAGUUACACGGGGUCCGAUCCUCCGUCGAAAUCGCGCCGUACCUACCCGGUCCCGGCGCGACUCUACCCGCGCAUGGCAGCGUCGGCUAGAACUCGCAGAACGACAAGGAAAUGGCCGUGUCUUCCGAGACCCUGCUACAAUUAUUGACGAAUAUGUCCCUCGACCGUCACGCCCCCGAGUCCCGCGUGCGCCAACCCCACAGCCGGAGUCGGUUGAAGAAGUGCGUGCAUGGAACGCCUUUGAACGUGCCAGGGAAUUGGAAGACGACCCUAAUCCGUCCCGGAAGCGGCGAGAACCGACCGAGUCUCCAUCCCCAGAACCGACAGAACCUGAAAGAAAACUGAAACGACCACGCACGAGACGUACAGAAGAAUUAGCAGCGAUCGCUACACAGACCAGCAAUGGCGAAGCGUCGCGGUCUGCGGCUCGCGUCCAAUCCGAUAACCCUGUCACCAGUGGACCUAGUUUUCUACAAUCCUUGCUUAAAGAAGUGGAGGAUUCCUCCAACACUCGACGCAACCACUCCCUUGGGCCAUCUGUACAUACAAACACUCCCACCGAAUUCCACAACACAUCGGGUCCCUCCUCACCUUCCAUAUCACCAGCAUCUUCGAACCCAUCAUCACCCCGGCUAUCACCUACCAGCCCUCCACCCCUCUCUCGAAGGCGAGCAGUCUCGCCAAUGCAAUUAUCCUCGAGUCCGGCCUCUUCUCCUGCGCCAGAAUUCUCUCCGUCGGUCUCGCCGGCUCAAAGCCAAGACGACCUUAACAUCAAUGGGUCUCCAGCACACCCAGACAGACGACACCAUCGAAGCCAUAGACGCGACCACAUCGGUGCGAGGUCGAAUGACAACUCCCCUUCUCGCAAACUAUCACUUUCUGUCAAGACAGAUGUACAACGACUGGUGGGGUCCGAAUUAAAGCCUUUCUACCAAGGCAAAGUUAUCACAAAGGAGGAGUAUACGGAUAUCAACCGCACAAUCUCACGCAAGCUAUAUGAAAGCGUCGGCGAUGUAGCAACUUUAGAAGGAGAUUAUCUGACAGAGCUCAGAGGCUUCGCCAACAGGGAGGUCGCAAAAGCGAUCGACCUAGUUCGAAGCAAAACCUCUUCGAGUGACGGAGGUGUUCCAAGCGUACCCGAAGCACAUGUUACAACGACGUCGGCGGGGGAAGAAGAAGGUUGA